CAUUCAAGUUCUAGUCAUUAGAGCUUCGAAUUGUGCUGGGAAAAGACAUAAAUCAUUAUUUGUGUGAAGUCAGUGAGUUAAGUCGCCAUUUUCGCCAUGUGGUUCUAUCUUCUGGUGGGCGCUAUUGGCCUUCUGUGGUACUAUAUGAAGAAGUCGUAUAGCUACUGGGAUAAUCUAAAUGUUCCAGUUCUACCACCAACAUUUCCCUUUGGACACUUGGAUCCGUUCGGAAGAAAGCACUUCGCUCAAAUUCUCAAAGAUGCAUACGAUGCAUUCAAGAAGAAGUCCGACUUUAGUGGAUUCUACUUCUUGACCUCACCUAGACUCAUUCCACUGAACUUGGACGUCAUUAAACACAUUCUAAUCAAGGACUUCAAUAACUUUUCCGACCGACAAGUGUACUACAACGAAGAGGAUGAUCCUCUCUCGGCUCACUUGUUCAGUCUCCGUGGCGAUAAAUGGCGUUCCUUCAGACAGCAACUCUCGCCAACCUUCACGUCUGGAAAGAUGAAGAUGAUGUAUCCUCUGGUUGUUGGUCAAACCGAGCCUCUUAAUCAGUAUCUGCGGAAACACAUGAACAGUGGUCCGAUGGACUUCAAGGCUGUUUGUACAAGGUAUGCCGCUGAUGUGAUUGGAAUCGCAGCUUUCGGGAUCGAAUGCAAUUGUCUGAAGCACGAGAAAACCGAAAUCCUCAGGAUGAGCGACCUUUUCUUCAACUUCAACACCAUCAUGUCUCGACUGAAGUUCUUCUUCUUCCUGACCUUCGAAGGUUUGGCUAAGAAGAUGCGCCUUCGCUUCAAUGAUCAAGAGUUGGAGGACUAUUUCAUGAGAAUUAUCAAGGAUACUGUGAAACAUCGCGAAAGUGGAAAGGUUGAUCGCAAUGAUUUCGUAAAGCUCUUGCUUCAAGUGAAGAAUAACAAGGAAAACUCCGUUGGGAACAAGAUGACAUUCAAUGAGAUGGCAGCUCAAGCCUUUAUCUUUUUCGUUGGCGGCUACGAAACCACAUCCAUGACCAUGCAGUACUGCUGUGGGGAGUUGGCGAGGAAUCAAGACAUGCAAGAGCGAGUCCGUCAGGAAGUUAGAGAGGUCUUGAAGAAGUACAACGGAGAAUUGACUUAUGAAGCUGUUCACGAACUCACAUACUUGAAGCAGUGUAUUGAUGAAACACUACGAAUGUACCCGCCUGGAUUCAACUUGUUCAGAGCAGCAACAAACGACUACAAGGUUCCCAAUUCUUCUCUGCUCAUUCCGAAGGGAAUGCAAAUCUUCAUUCCUGUGUAUGCCAUCCACAUGGAUCCAGAAAUCUACCCAAAUCCCCACAUUUUCGAUCCUGAGCGCUUUUCCGCGGAGAACGUACAAAACCGCCAUCCGAUGGCACACAUUCCUUUUGGCGAUGGACCGAGAAAUUGCAUUGGAAUGCGAUUUGCCAUGAUGGAAUUAGCUGUGGCUAUUUCAAACAUUGUCAACAACUUCAAACUCACCCUCAAUCCAAGAACUCAGACACCAUUCAAGUUUGAUCCCAAGGAGAUUAACAUCUAUCCUGAGGGUGGCAUGUGGAUUGAUGUGCAGGAGUUGAAAGCAUGAAAUAGUCCCCAAGGAUAAAGCAUGAGAAAAGUUCCAGCAAUAGCGUGUGAAAAUUCUUUUCUAACCGAGAGCAAAUAUUUCUUCAGAAAUAAAUUAAAUAGAGAUGGCUUUUAAAUCACCACAGUAGAAUUCAUCUUUGCCGAGAAUAUUUCGUGAAUUUUCAUUUCAUAUCAUUUAUCGAGACAGUUCAGUAUUUAUACCUUCUGUGAUUCACGUAAACAAAUGCAAUGGCCAUCCAUUAUGCUAUACCAUCAUAAAUUCUCUCGAUUCGCUCAAUGUUCUGAAAUAUAUAAAGUGUCAUGUGGGAUGUGAUUGAAUCCCCAGGAGUCACUUCAUCUUUAUUGAUUUAUUUGCAAAUGGAACAGGAGAAAAUAUGAAA